AUGUGUAGCUCCUCCUACCCUGUGCCUCUAGAUUCCCCCUCCUACCCUGUGCCUCUAGAUUCCCCCUCCUACCCUGUGCCUCUAGAUUCCCCCUCCUACCCUGUGCCUCUAGAUCCCUCUUCAUACCCUGUGCCUCUAGAUCCCUCUUCAUACCCUGUGCCUCUAGAUCCCUCCUCCUACCCUGUGCCUCUAGAUCCCUCCUCAUACCCUGUGCCUCUAGAUCCCUCCUCCUACCCUGUGCCUCUAGAUACCUCCUCAUACCCUGUGCCUCUAGAUUCCCCCUCCUACCCUGUGCCUCUAGAUUCCCCCUCCUACCCUGUGCCUCUAGAUUCCCCCUCCUACCCUGUGCCUCUAGAUUCCCCCUCCUACCCUGUGCCUCUAGAUUCCCCCUCCUACCCUGUGCCUCUAGAUUCCCCCUCCUACCCUGUGCCUCUAGAUUCCCCCUCCUACCCUGUGCCUCUAGAUUCCCCCUCCUACCCUUUCAGUGACAUAGCCGUAAUUCCAGAUCCUCUCGCCCACCAGGUUCAGCAGCCAUUGAUUCCACCGAUAUCUGUGCAGAACCCAAGCCAUAAUCCAGAGACACUGCACUCAGCACCGUCACCCUCCCAGGACACUGCACCCAGCACCGUCACCCUCCCAGGACACUGCACCCAGCACCGUCACCCUCCCAGGACACUGCACCCAGCACCGUCACCCUCCCAGGACACUGCACCCAGCACCGUCACCCUCCCAGGACACUGCACCCAGCACCGCCACCCUCCCAGGACACUGCACUCAGCACCGCCACCCUCCCAGGACACUGCACCCAGCACCGUCACCCUCCCAGGACACUGCACUCAGCACCGUCACCCUCCCAGGACACUGCACCCAGCACCGUCACCCUCCCAGGACACUGCACCCAGCACCGUCACCCUCCCAGGACACUGCACCCAGCACCGUCACCCUCCCAGGACACUGCACUCAGCACCGCCACCCUCCCAGGACACUGCACUCAGCACCGCCACCCUCCCAGGACACUGCACCCAGCACCGUCACCCUCCCAGGACACUGCACUCAGCACCGCCACCCUCCCAGGACACUGCACCCAGCACCGUCACCCUCCCAGGACACUGCACUCAGCACCACCACCCUCCCAGGACACUGCACUCAGCACCGUCACCCUCCCAGGACACUGCACCCAGCACCGUCACCCUCCCAGGACACUGCACCCAGCACCGUCACCCUCCCAGGACACUGCACCCAGCACCGUCACCCUCCCAGGACACUGCACCCAGCACCGUCACCCUCCCAGGACACUGCACCCAGCACCGUCACCCUCCCAGGACACUGCACCCAGCACCGUCACCCUCCCAGGACACUGCACUCAGCACCGUCACCCUCCCAGGACACUGCACCCAGCACCGUCACCCUCCCAGGACAAGUCACCAGACGUAACUCUCAGAUUCUGUGCCACCUUAUCC